AUGGCAAACCUCAGGACGGCUAUGGACUCAGCAUUCUGGGAUCAGCCCAUUUCUUCUCCAAGAACCCUAGAAGGGAGUGCUGGCUCCAUGCCCGGUGACCCAUUCCCCUUGGAUGCCACCCGAGCUAGCCGAGCCCUUAGGAUUCAACAGCUCUCCCUGUUAGGAAAUGGCUUCCCCCUCGGUAUCAUUCCCUCUCACUCUCCCACUUCUAACAAGGACCUCGCCACUGAGCGACAUGAUACCGAGGGUUUUCUUCUCUAUAUAUUAGCUGGAUACUCUGGUUUGCCUCUUUCCAAUGCAAUAGAAGGCUGCGUGCAUAUUAUCCUUCUCAAAGCCCGCAAUGUCAAAUCCCCAAGUGUACCAGGACAACUUUGUGUAGGAUGCUCUGCUUUACAGAUUGUUUUGUUGCUUGCUUCUUGCUAUCAGCUGUGCACUCCAUCACAAUCUCACCUUAAAUAUGUUAAUGUGUUGUUUUUGUUAAAGAGCUAUGCCUUUGUUUCACUUUGUGGUGAUGACUAUGGUCUUCAACAACGUGUUAUUUUGCAGCUUCCUUUGCAUGAUAUCACUUUGGAGGCUGCAUGACCUGAGCUGUUUAUUGCAUAUUGGGAUAUUCCUGAGUCAAUAUCCUUAGAUUUGUCUUCACUUGUCUCUGAAUCUGGCUUCCGGUACCGUUUUGGGAUACACAAAAGCAAUGGUCAUCCAAAGGCUAUUAAUGCUGUAAAUGAUCAGCCACCGCUUGCUUUGAUGCCUGGAUUAUGUGGAAAGGUUUCCUUUUCUUACGAGAAUAGAAAGGAUCUUUGGAGGAAGAAACAGACUAAGAAGGACGUCAUGGUAAAAGCAGAUAAGGGUUGGAUUUUAGGUCCCUCAAAUGAUGCGCGUCUAAGUGAACCCCAUGCAGCAAUAUCUGGAAGUAUUGGUGGCUCCUGUGCUGCAUGUUUUGGGGGCAGGGGGAACUCAGCAUCUGCAGAUGGGGACAUCUCAACCAGUACAAGGAACAGAGGUCCAUCCAGUGCUGAUUUGUUUGGCUCAGUUUGCUGUACUUUCCAACAUGGGAAGUUUACAAAGCGAUAUGGUGAUCUAACUAGGGUGGAUGCCCGCCUGGAUAUCUAUUCAGCUUUUGCUGUUACCAAAAGGGCUUUCAAUAUUUUCAGGUCUUCGGUUAGUGUUGCGGACAAUGGAUUGUCAUCUCCCACGCUGAAUUUGAUUAUUCAACAGCAGGCACUUAAAGUCUUUCUUUUCUUUCCAGUCUUUAAUGCAUAAAAAAGCUAAAAAAUAUUUGUGGAUGAAUCAUUUGCAACUUGCUUGAUUAAUGACAAUUUGUUUUGCAGAUAAAUUACUAUCUAGGAUAAAUUAGCAAUCUAGGUAAUCAUUUUUAGCUUGAUUGAUUAGAAUCAUUGAAGAUGAGGGUUUGGCUGAGAAUUUAAGAUGAGAAAUGCAAGGUUAACCUUAACCAACACGGAAGAUAGAAAUAAGUGUGGUAUUAAACCACUAAAAUCAUCUCAGGAACUGCAAAGAGUUGCUUGAAAUGGAAUACUGAGUUUAUCUCCAUACAUAACACAUAAUUUUGUAGGUUGCUGGGCCAAUUGUCUUCCGAGUUGAUUCAAGAUUUUCGCUUGAUUCUGCAUCAGGUCAACU